AUGAAAUCCCGCGUCAAUCACACCGACAGCUCCUCGAUCAAAUCGGUCAGCUCUGAAGAUGUCAGCACUCAGCAGAACUAUCAUGGCAACAUGUGUUGCAGUGCGGAAGCAAAAAACCCCGCAUUCAAACGGGGCCGACAGCUGCAACAGAUGCAGAUGAUCAUUCUCCCCUUCAUACCGAUACUGGCCCUGAUUGUGCAAACUUCGUACGAGAUGAUCGAGAUCGUGAGCUAUCGAAUGGAGGUGACCGAGAUCGAGAAUCAGGUUACCAUGGCGACGGACCUUGGAAAGGUAGUGACACGCCUGCAACAGGAACGGUCCGAUGUGGCAUUCUACAUCUACACGAACGGUAUUGCUUUGCGGAGAAAUUUGAGCGACACGUUCUUUGAAACGGAUCUCGCACUGGAUAACAUGUCGUCCUGGCCAGACAUUUCGAUACGCACAAUACAACCGAACAAUGGAGAGGUUACUUGGUUGAACAUGAGCGAAUUUCGUGAAACGCUACAAGAAUUCCGAGCGAACAUCAGCACAGAGGACAGCACUGUGCCACAGAUUUUGCGCUGGUACACAACGGCCAACGCUGCCCUGCUGGAGCAUCUUACCAACCAGAUAAAGGAUGCUAAUAAGAGCGGAGUUUGGCGAUUCCUGCUCAGCUUUAAGAACCUUCUUCGUAGCAUCGAGAGUCUGGACAUCUCGUCGGUGUACGGUAUAAAUUACUAUGGCCGUGGAUAUCUCAAGCCGGAUUCCUACAUCAAGUACGUGCAGCACGAUAUUCUCGGGAGGGAUCUGCUGAACGGCUCUCUGCAUUUUGUACCAUCGCUGAAAGUAAUCUACCGGAACAUAACUCUUACGAUGCGAAGCUACGGCAACAUCACCCAGUGGAGCAAAACUAUCCAGAAGAAUUUGCGGCGCGAAGGAAAUGUGGCCGACGCACGCUCCUACUACGAGUCCAUGGCCUACUACAUCGACGAACUGCGGAAGCUGCAGAGAGCAUUGCGAUCGAUCAUACGCAACGAGGUUCAGAAGGUGCUCCAGUCGGCAGACAAUAUGGAAACAUUCGGCAUCGCUAUCCUCGUGGUCGUCCUUAUUGUGUCCCCAAUCAUCAUCAUACUGGUACGGAAUGCGGCGGCCACCAUACAGCUGUACGCCAUUAAUCUGGCUCACAAGGCGAAGGAGCUGAAACGCGAGAAGCGCAAAUCCGACUCGUUGCUGUUCCAGAUGCUGCCCCCGACGGUGGCCACUCAGCUCAAGCAAGCCCAAACGGUCCCGGCGGAAUACUACUCGGCAGUGACGAUAUUUUUCAGCGAUAUCGUUGGCUUUACCGAAAUUGCUGCAGAAUGUACACCGUUGGAGGUGGUCUCGUUCCUGAAUGCCAUCUACCGGAUGUUCGACGAGCGUAUUGAGUGUUACGAUGUGUACAAAAUCGAAACCAUCGGCGACUCCUACAUGGUGGCUUCCGGAUUGCCGGUGAAAAACGGUGGUAGCUUCUACUUCACAGGUAACAAACAUGUGGCGGAAAUAGCAACAAUGGCAUUGGAUCUAUUGGAUGCUUCCGGGUACUUCAGCAUCCCACAUAAAGCCAACGAACCGGUACAAAUACGCUGCGGUAUCCAUACAGGACCGGUAGUAGCCGGUAUCGUUGGUACUAAGAUGCCGAGAUACUGUCUGUUCGGUGAUACGGUGAAUACUGCCUCCCGCAUGGAAUCUACCGGUGAAGCAUUAAAAAUUCACAUUUCUGCCGAAAUGAACGAAGCACUGGUCAAGGUGGGAGGAUUCAAGACGGAACAUCGUGGAUUGAUCGAUGUGAAAGGUAAAGGGUUGAUGGACACAUACUGGUUGACCUGCAAGGAGGGUGCAACGCCGAACAAUAGUCAUGGCGAGGUGGCUUGGUUUGCAGAUAUGAAACCGGUGUAUUUAAAAAUAGUUUAA